AGGAAAUACGGCAUCCCGAUAUUAGGCUUCUCGCCUCUGCCUAAAACUCAGUUCCUCGAUCACGGAUAUGACGAAUUUGUCGACAAUAAAGCACUAUGAACAGCUUAUUGUUAUUUGUGAGUUUAUUAAUAAUGCAACAAACGAAUGCAAACAAAUGCUGCGUUCAGCCCGCGGUGCGAUUGCUUCAACGAUAUGUUAAAAUAAAUACUACAGUCGGUAAUGACCAAUCUGAAGCAAUUAAAUUUUGGAAAGGUCUAGCUGUUAAAUCAAAGGCUACGUUCAAUACAUACGAUUAUAUAGAAGGCUAUCCUAUAAUUGUACUUAAAUGGAAGGGCAGUAAUCCUUCACUGAGCAGUAUCGUUCUCUUGUCACAUAUAGAUGUCGUUCCUGUUGCCAACGAGACGGAAUGGAAACAUCCGCCAUUUUCAGGAAAAAUAACAAAAGAUGGUUUGUUAUACGGCCGUGGAUCACAAGACUGCAAAUCAUCCGGUUUACAAUAUUACCUAGCAAUAAAACGAUUAAAUAAACAAAAAAUUAAGCUUCAGAGAGAUAUAUAUCUCAUUUUGUUAAGUGAUCAUGAAAAUGGUGUCACGGAGGAAAAACUACAACCAUUUAUAGAAAGCAAGGAUUUUAAAAACAUGUACAUCGGCGGCGGUAUAGACGAAGGAGUCUCUUAUAAUUCAGAUAAAGUACUACUAUUUUACCAAGAUAAAGGUUUAAUAGUACUUGAAGUUGAUUGCUACGGAAUCGAGACGCACGGCUCACUCAUGCCAGAUUCUCAUAUUACGGCUAUAGGAAAGUGCGCGAAAGUGAUAGAGUCGUUACAAGAGUACCGCGACGAGCAACUAGAUUACAUGAAGAAGUUCCCAGUCAGCAACACUGGAAACUUUACCAGCAUUAACUUGAAUAUAUUAAAGGGCGCCGUGACUGAUAGUGUGCUGCCCGGUCGCAUAACUCUUCGUUACUACAUCAAUCCGUCAAUCAGCACGACGGUAUCGAAAGUGUUUAAUGAGCUGAAAGAAAGGAUAGAAAAGCUGGAUAGCGGUAUAAAGUUAACCAUUGUACGGUCUGCUGAGAAAUCUCCUGCCGUCAAAACUGACGAUACGAACCCUUACUGGAAAGCUAUUUCUGAUGGUGCCAAAAGCGCAAAUAUUACCUUCAACCCGAGCGUCAUCUUCGACCAAUCCAACGCUGGUGUUAUGAGAAAGUUUGGUUUUCCCAUAUUAGGUUUCUCUCCGUUACAGAAAACUGAGUUUCUCGUGCACGGAAUCAAUGAAAACAUCAAUAUUACUAUAUUUUUAAAGGGUAUCGACCUUUAUGAGAAGUCUAUACAAAAUUUAGCGAAUCUCUCAGAAAAGGACGUAGCGAAUGACACAAGUUCCUAUCUUACUGGUUAUGAUAAGAAACAUUGA